AAAAUGUCAGGAUUUGUUAAUUAUGUAUGUGGGCGGGUCCGGGAGCAGCUGGACACGGCCCUCGCCAUCGUCUGCUGCCGAAUAACAACAACAGCGUUGCGAGCGUUCCUGUAAUGCGUCUUCCCCUCGCUUGUUAUGCCGAUUCUCUGCCAGUCACACUAAAUGACACCGUAUGAAAUAAAUACCUCACGAAUUUCGAUAAGACCGUGUCCCGAGCGGUAACGAGGGGGAAAAGGAGGCUGCGUAGAGGCGAAGGGACCGUGGCGAGGCCUUUCUGAAGAGCGUCGGGGUCGCGGGCGAGCUCGAGGCGCCGGCCAAUCAGCGGGCGCGGAGCUGCAAGGAAGGAAGAUGGCUGCCGCGGACGAAGAGGGCGGCCAGAGUGAUAGCAAAAAGGACGACCCAGCUUCACACGAGACGAGCAAGCAGUUUUCCACUAUUCAUCAGCAGGAAAUAGAGAACCAACUUGUGCGCCAAGGGGCUAGUUAUGAGAACCGUGUGAGUGCUGUUCUCUCUGGCUGGGAACACCUAGCUGGCACAGUGCAAGGAGACGUCAGUGAAGUGCAGCCACUUGCAACCUUCCUUUAUAAAUGGAGCUUGCGACUAAUUCUGCAGGGAGAAUGGCCAGGCCUGGCCCAGAUUGUGAAGACAAGACUUGGUGUCACUCUACAAAGGUGUUCCAAAGUAGCCAUCCUUGACCCCCUGUGUCGGACUCUCAUACCUCUCGUCUCUGACCCUUGGGGACACCCAACACUCAAGGCUAUCCUCUCUGAAGCAGAGGUUGAGGACAGUGAAGCCUCAAAAUAUAUUUCAAAUGAAUCUUGGGAGGUGGUUCGUGUUAGGGUGGACACUAUGGUGGAAUCACGCUGUGAGGAGCUGGCUUUUCGCGUGCUCAAGAUCUGUGUCAGGAUAUAA